UGGGCGGCAGCAGCAGCAGCAGCUUCACUCUCAGGCCGGGAAAACCCGAAACAAGCGAACAGAGAAAAACACUGAGAAAUCUCCAUCCAUCCUGCCGAGUUUCUCUCCCCGGUGGAAAUAUAUCGAUAUAUGUGAUCUAAGGUGACAGUCAUACGUUUAAUCGAAACAGACGGUACUGAGGAAGAGGUGCAAAGAAAAAUUCCCAUACUCGAUGACAUUACAUCGCAAUGUCCGAUCGUUUGGGGCAAAUAACCAAGUCCAAGGAUGGGAAAAGCAAGUAUUCAUCACUCAGCCUAUUUGACAAGUACAAAGGGAAGUCAAUAGAAACUCAUAAAACCACAGUUGUUGCACGACAUGGCUUACAGAGUCUUGGCAAAGUGGCCGCUGCCCGGCGCAUGCCUCCUCCCGCUCACCUGCCGAGUCUGAAGUCUGAGAGUAAAGGAAACGACCCCAACGUGUUUAUCGUGCCCAAAGACGGUACAGGAUGGGCAAACAAGCAGGAUCAACCCGAUCCAAAGAGUUCCGUUGCAUCUUCAGCACAGCUGCCGGAGUCGCAGCCACCGCUGGCUUUACAGAAGUCUGUCUCCAAUCUCCAGAAGCCCACGCCAAUCACCAGCCAGGAGAGCACAAGUACAGGUGGACCAAAGCAAUGGGCACAGGUCAAUGGAAAGGCAGUAGAUCAAGAUGGUUUAAAGGUCUCAAGCCGACUGCAGCCCUUCUCUCACGAGGAAUUUCCGACGCUGAAAGCAGCCGGAGAACAGGACAAGGUUGGCAAGGAAAGAAGCGUCUUCGAUCCGUCGUAUGGGCCCGGACCAAGCCUCCGCCCGCAGAACGUGUCGAGCUGGAGGGAGGGUGGUGGGAGGAACCUUCAGCCUCCAGCUCUGUGUUCUGCUUCUCCUGCCUGCGACCCGGACACCAGGAGCAUCGGCUCAUCUGAGGCCAUCACUCCUGUUCCUCCUCCUCCAUCUUCUUCUUCAUCACCCCCCUCCUCCUCCUCCACGGCUGCUGGCCCGUCUCCUGAUGUGAAGGAGCCGUCGCUGAGGCCCGUUCAGCCGGUUCAGACCCGCCGAGCCGCCCCGUCAGCCCUCCAGUACCAGCACCACACCACCACCACAUACCACGACAUGCUGCCUGCCUUCAUGUGCCCUAAAGAGACCCGUGACGCCCCGGGCUCCUCGGACCACGGCCCGGCCGCAGUGGUGGCGCCCGUGCGCUUCGACUCCCGGUCGCUCUUCAGACCAGCGCCAGAACCUGUCAAUGGUGAUUUAAGGAGAGAAGCCCGGUUCCCACGAAACCCCCCGCGCCCUUCGACCCGCCCGAUCCGACGCCCGGGAGACCGAGCGCCCCGUCCCGCCAUCAUCAACCCUGAUGACCUGAAGGACCUCGAUGAGCUGGACAACGACUGUGAAGACGGCUGGGCGGGUCUCCAUGAGGAAGUGGAUUACAGCGAGAAGCUCAAAUUCAGUGAUGAUGAGGAAGAUCGCUCCCCAUGUGUGAAGAGCAAGAUCUGGGAUGACUGGGACCACCAUCAUGAUCCUCACUCCUCUCAGAGCUCUGGUGACGUGGCGUUCCCGCAUGACCCCGAGGAGGACCUGUACUCGCGCCAGCCGGAGGCGCUAUCCUCCAGGAAGACCAACGGGAGACUCUCCUCAGCAGAGCAGGUUAAGAACGGUGUGAGCGGCGAGUCUGCGGAGGAGCAGGAGGAAGCGCAGAGACCGGCUCCUCCUCGAGGGAAGUUUGUCUCGGCUGAUCUCUCCGCCGUGGAGCGCGCUCGCAGACGCCGGGAAGAGGAGGAGAGGAGAGCGCGCGAGGAGAGACUGGCCGCCUGUGCCGAGAAACUCAAAAAACUGGAUGAGAAAUUCGGCAAAACGGAGAAACCCUCACGCCCUGCAGAAGCCGACAGCAAAGAGACGCUGACGCAGUCGCCAGGUCGAAGGUCAUCCAAACCCCACCAGGAGGGCUGGCAGUACGCCACUAAAGAAGUGUUGGACACACCAGCCGAGUCCUCCAGUCAGGAUUACAAAGAUGAAGGUUGUAAUUACCACAACGAAGACGACGUUCCUGAGUCUACUUCUCCUCUCCCAGAUUACGGCCGGCACCAGAAGCCCGUUCCGCCCCGCUUCCAGAAGCAGCACCAGGACCCGGUGUAUAAGGUGGCCCCGUGGCAGCAGUCGGGUCACGCCACGCCGUCGAGCUCGGCUCACACACACACGCAGAGAGGCUUCUACCCGCCGCACGUGCUGGGCUUCGACCCGCGCUGGAUGAUGAUGCCGCCCUACAUGGACCCGCGCAUGGCUCAGGGCUGCUCGCCGGUGGACUUCUACGCUCCGGGCGUUCACUCCGCCGGUCUGGUGAAACCCGUCAUUCAGCAGGAUCACCUGAACAGCCCCGGUUCCACCUCUGACGAAGGCUGCCAUCCCAGCAUGCAUCAGGAGAGGAGGGCACCAUCCACUGAGCCCUACCAAGUGUGGAACCAAGACAGCUACUCGUCAGCGCGCAGUUUCACGCCGCCCUACCAGAGACAGCAUGAGAACGAGGAACGUGACGACCGGUCCUGCUCCCGACACGACUCCUAUGAAGACCGAGGUCACGAUCGCACGGAAAGUCCAGCGGAGGAACUGAACACUCAAGGUGGAACCCAUGAAGGGCCUUUAAUACUUAGCAGAACCCAUCCUGGAGAUGCCGAACACAGAGACGUGUCCGUCAGGCACCAGAAAGAACCCGCAGAAUCCCGAGACGAGGCCUUCGACACCAAGGAGAAGAGCUACGACUCCGAUUUCUGGAGGAAAGACGCUAGCGUGAGGAAAGAUGGCGGCUGUCCGGCCCAGUGGUCCGAUCACGGUUCCAGCAGCAGCAGUAGCGUUAGCAUUAGCAUUAGCCAGCCGCCGGAGUCCAGCGGGAGAAUGCUUCGGAGGACCGGACCUAUCAAGAAACCUGUGCUGAAGCCGUUGAAGGUAGAGGACAAGGAGAACGAGAAGCCCAAAUCUGAGCCCGAGGAGAAGCCCGUCCCAUACAGACUGGAGAAGGAAGUGGUCACUAAUGUCUACGACCUGAAAAAAGACGCCCCGCUCGCGUCUAACAGGCACUCCGCUCCGCCUCCCGCGUCUUCCCCCGAGGAAAAACACGCGGAUGCUCCGAAGUUGGAGAAAACUAGGAGUCUGCAUGAAGAUUUGCACAAGGAGAGCUGCUGGGAUAGCGCUAAGCCUCAGUCUGUGGACUCCUCUGAUAGCAGAGAUGCUCCACGCCGCAACAACUGGAUAUUCAUCGACGAGGAGCAGGCGUUCGCGGGGGCGAGAGGAACCGGGCGUGGACGUAGCCGCGGGUUUAGAGAGUUUAGCUCUCGCGGUGGCGCUCGCGGCGGACGAGGCGACUCAAACCGCGGAGGCUAUAAUAACAAUAACAAUACGACAGGAGUGCAGCGACCAGCGCGGGGGCGUGGCUCUCGAGAUUUCAGAAGCGAAGAUCUUCAACGAGGAAAACCCCGUCGACGCAACGCCAGCGAGACGCACAGCGAGGCCUCGGAAUACGAAGAGCUUCCCAAACGUCCGCGGCAAAAGGUCGCGGAGAACGGAGAGGCUUCGUACGCGCCGCCCGGAGAGGCUAAACGAGCCGAUCGCGAGUCGUGGAGAUCCAACAAGGUGUACACCGACGAGCAAAGCGGAAACGGCGACAAGGCGAAAUCAGCAAGAGUGUUCGGAAGGUCGUUACCGCCUCGACUCAACGCGGGAUACAACCGUGGGUUCGUCUCCAGGGAUAUUUCCACAUGGAGAGGAAGAGGAACUCAGUUUGGAUCCGCGCAGGAGAACGGAUACAACUUCGGCACGGACUCCUAUUCCAAACGCGCGACGGAACGCGACCCGCUAAAAUACCCGCCGCCUAAAUUCCCCACUUCUUUCGUAGAGAACGGCGUCGAGGAUAGAGAGGGAGGCUACUAUAUCGAUAACGAUAACCCUGAUAACCGGCCAAUGAGACGCCGGCGUCCGCCUCGCCAAGAUAAACCGCCACGGUUCCGCCGACUACGCCAAGAACGUGAAGGAGGAGGGCAAUGGAACGGCGAAGAAUAUGUAAACGGAGACUUUGCCAAUCAGUGGCCGGGUCGACCCAAGGAAGAGCACUGGCCGAAUCACUACUCUGGAGGACGACCGCAAGAGGUCACGGGCCAGAGUCAAGCCGAGGAUUGGGAAACCGGCUCUGAGAACAGUGAUUUCAGCGACUGGAGGGAGAAACGCGGCCCGCAUGGCGACUCGCUGGCUGACGCGGGGCACGGGGAACCCGGUUCUGAGAAGAGAGAGCUCUCCAAACGGAGCUUUUCCAGCCAGAGACCGGUCGUGGAGAGGCAGAACCGGAAGAGUGAAGUGUGUGUAAUGGAAAACAACAAGAUGAGCCGCUCGACGGACACCCAGUGCGGUGCAGGGUCCUCUGGGAGAAACGAGAGCUGGCAGAACGGUGUUGCUUGCAACAGCAAACGAGGAGCAGAGGAGUCUGUCCCGGGCCUGAGCUCGGCAUCGGUGUACGCUGUGGAGCAGAGCGACGACACCAGCGCCGCCGAAGCCACGGGGAAGAUCAUCGAGAAAGACAUGAAACCCAGAGGCAUGAAGGGGGAUAUGACAGAACCGCUGUCCCAAUAUGACCUAAACACUUACUCAAUUGAAAGUGAUUCAGGAGCAUCUGUGCCCAGUCCAGAGGUGUACCAGGACGCUCUGUCCAAGAAGCAGCGCCGCCCGCAGGAUGAAGACCGCAGGAGGAAAGAUCAGGGUCCUCCGGGUUCAGUGAAAAACAGAACAAUUGCGUCGAAGAUGCCUCCUCGUUUUGCUAAGAAGCAGGGCAGCAUGUCCAUCGAGCAACCCGAAGAAACGCUCUCCGCCAACAGCCUGGGCACUGAGAUCUGGGAGACCAACAGCACAGCGCUGAGUGUCCAGUCGUCCGGCGGAGACUCGUGGACCAAGCAGGUGUCCUACACAGGGAGCGAACCCAACUCAGAGGACUCCGACGCCGGGCCCGAGCAGAGCAAAGAGCACAAGCCCGGGCCCAUCGGCAACGAGCGCUCGCUGAAGAACCGCAAGGGCUCCGAGGGCCUGGAGCGCCUCGAGGGACCCAUAACCCCCGUCAACGGAGUGGACCUUCACGUGGACGGGGUUCUCCCAGUGCCGCCCAUCGAGUUCGGCGUCAGCGCCAAGGAUUCGGACUUCAGCCUCCCUCCCGGAUCCACACCGGUUCCCGUGUCCAACCCCGUCACCAAGCUUCAGGACGCACUCGGUGGCAACGCGGGCCUGACUCAAGCCAUCCCGAUGCUCCGGAGAGACCAUCUCCAGCCGGGGAUCAACCUCAACCCCAUCAGUUUCCCGAGCGCUGACCUCACGCUCAAGAUGGAGUCGGCGCGUAAGGCGUGGGAGAACUCGCAGGCGCUCCCGGAGCAGGGCUCCCCGGGGUCGGGGUCAGGAGCUCAGCCGGCCUGCAGCGUGGGCUCCUCCGUCAGCUACAGCUCCUUCGGUGGCGUGUCCAUGCCGCCCAUGCCCGUGGCAUCUGUCGCGCCGUCUGUCUCCAUGCAAGGCAGUCACAUCCCUCCUCUGUAUUUGGAUGGUCAUGUGUUUCCCAGUCAGCCGCGGCUCGUGCCGCCCUUGACUCAGCAGCCGAGCUACCAGCAGGCCACGGCUCAGCAGAUCCCCAUCUCUCUGCACACGUCUCUGCAGGCUCAGGCUCAGCUGGGUCUCCGAGGAGCUCUGCCCGUCUCUCAGUCGCAGGAGAUGUUCAGCUCCAUGCCCCCCUUCAGGUCUCAGGUGUACAUGCACCCGAACCUGUCUCAGCCCAGUCCCAUGGUGCUCUCUGGCGGAGCGCCUCUCAAAGGCCCGUACUCCGCCUUCCCCGGCAUGCAGCCGUCGGACAUGGUGAAGCAGCCGUCGGGAUCCCAUUACCAGCCCAUGAGCGGCAGCCAGCAGCUGGUGUACGACGGCAACAUGAACCAGCCGGCGGGGAUGAGCACCUCUCAGCUCAUGGACUCGCAGCUCAUACAGGUGACGAUGCCCAUGCCCGGGUCUCAGCUGCGCUACGGCUCGGCCCAGCAGCACCUCAUUCUGCCCCAGUCCAUCCAGCUCCAGCAGAACCAGAACCUGUCUGUCGGAGCUCCCCGCCGCAUGAUGCCUCCCGGGUCUCAGCCGCCCAUCAUGAGCAGCAGAGAGCCCUCCCAGAUGGACAUGAAAGGGUUUCAGUUUUCCGAUAAGCCCAAUCACUCUCCAGGAAUACCCAGCGGCUCCUACAGGCCCGGUUCGGCCAGUCCCAGUGGGAAAGCCUCGGGCCCCGGAGCCCCCGCGUCGGUCGUGUCUCUGCCGGGACAUUACACACAGCAGGUGUCGGGCCCUCAGGGCAACAUGGUCAUGCACAUGAGACCCCCCUCCAGCGGGCCCUUCCCCAACCCCAUCCAGCGGCCCGUCAUGCAGAUCAACAAGACCGUGAUCAUCCGCUCCCCGCCGUACCCCGGCCAGCGCGAGCCCAACCCCGAGCAUGCUGGGAAGGGCCCUGAGGACGGGAUGAAGGCCGCCAGUGACGCCAAGAACUCUUCAGUGAUUCCCAGAAGGCCACAGGUCAACGCCGCUCGAACCCGAGCCAUCAAACCACAGCCGGUCCCAGUGGAGGAAGGCAAAGCCUGAUUAAUGGACCUCAUGAUCACAUGACACGGCUCUCUCUCUCUCUCUCUCUCUCUCUCUCUCUCUCUCUCUCACCGGACUGACGCACAGGAUCACCAACCCCACUAAUCGAUCAGAACACAUUAAUAAACAUCACAUCGAGAGAUAUGAAUAUCUAUAUAUAAAUGUAUACUAUAUAUAUAUAAAUAGACACGAUAGGUUUGGACUUCUCCGCAGAUUUUCAAGAUCAGCUUUAUUUAUUUACAUUUUGUCUCAUUUUUUUUCAAGUGAAGAAUAA